AUGCCUCGCCGGGAUCAACCACCCCCGGGGUACUGGGAGGGAGAAGAUUUCGAAUCCGAACGCGAAAGAUGCCGACGCCCACGACGAUCCGAGCGGUCCUCAUUCGAAGAGGAAGUGAGAUACAGACGUAGGGAACCGAUGCCUCUAGUUGACGACAUGGAGCGUAUACAAAUCCGAGACCGGCCUCCAAGAGAGUUUGUGCGGGAAACCUUCAUAGGACCUCCUCGAGACUUUCCACCACCCGUGCGCAUGAGAAGGUCGGCAGAUGACGUCGGUCCCACGAUCGAGCGGGAAGAGUCAUACACGCGCACGCGACCACGGCGAAGUCACGAGCGCAUUGACGAAAGAGAGACACGGCGCAAUAGACGACCUCGCACUUCAGAAUUUGAGGAAGAGGACCUUAGUUUUGAUGAGCGAGAGCGACGCGGUCCACGAAGACCUCCGCCAGAACGAGUACUUGGAGAAGAAGAGAUUAUGAUCCGACGCGGGGUAGAAGCGCCGCAACCUCCAGUCUAUCGCGGUGAGAUAGACGAACGACCUCGUGAACGACGAUACUCUGACGUGCGAGACGAGGUGUUUGUUCGCUCCUCUGAAACACGUCGCAAGCCUCGUCGCCGGGACAUGGAAUUUGGAGCGGAGAUGAUCGACGAGCGGGAAGAAAGACCGCGGCGCUCAAACUAUCGCAAUGACCCAUCACCGCCCAUGUCGAAGGAAGAAGAAAUAGUUAUGCAGUGGAAAGAUAGGCCCUCGCCACGGGAGCUUGAGGAAGAAGAGGAAGUUCGAUGGCGGGAUAAGCGGCGUCAACAAAGUCCACCACGGGCACGAUAUGGUCGAGGAUCGCUAAGUGGAUGGCACGGUGAUCGAGAGGAUGAGUUUGAUGCUCGUUCCCAAAGAAGAUCCAGACCCGAUCGAGGAGAAACCGAUGAUGACGAAGAAAUCGACAUUCGGUCCUCGAGACGUUCCAACCCUAGAUGGGAACAGACAGAUGAGGAGAUUGACAUUCGGCCCAAAAGACGGCCCCGACACGAGCGAGAUUUCGAAAAAGAUGAAGAGGUCGACAUUAAAUCUUCAAGACGGUCUAGACCAGCGAGGAGCGAGAUUGAUGUUGCAGCUGACGAGGAGAUGGAUGCGGUCGAAAUCUGGUUGGGGGAGAGAGAAGAAGAUGAAGAGAUUGAUACCCGACGAGAAAAAAUUGUUGAAAGAGGUCCUCGCAGAAGAAGCACAGAAAUCGAAGAGGUCAUUACCCGCAAAGAAAGCCGCAAGUCAUCCUCUUCAGGACGGAACCCGUCACCGGAACCUAUACGGGCACCUCCAAUCCACCAGGAUUUCAUAACGCACCAUCGACACAUUGAUCAUGGUUUGAUAGCCUGGUACUUGCUUUCCUCUAGAUCUGCCGCUAACUUCAAGCCAGGAUUUGAUGAAAUUCGACCACCACGUAUCUCAAGUCCGGAAAGCGACACUAGUGAAACCAGUUUUGAUGAGGUUGAUAUGCACCGCCGGACUCGAAAAAACGUCCGGGAGUCCGAGGAAGAUAUUUCAAUCACGCGUCGUGAUGGGAAGGAAUCCAUUUCGCCGACUACUGUUCCGUCUAGUGACUUCCAUGAUCCAUGGCGCUCACGCCGUGGUCCCCGGUCUCUGGGCCGGGAAGACGAGCCUUUGGUUACUGAACGCAUCCAUAGUCGUAGUCGAAGAACUAUCCCUCGCGACCUCGAUGAAAUCGACAAGAAAAUAGAGAAAAUGAAAGCUUCGUCUUUAGCCGACGACGUUCCGCAGAAAAGUAUCGACGAAUGGUCUAUUGUUCACGCGCCUUCGAAAGAAGAAGCCAUUGAGAUGAGCGGCGCCCUUGAUAUUAUUGAGGUGGCCCCUAAAGGUGCCCCCAAGGUCGAAUCUGAGGCUGAGGUUGAGGUCGAAGAGGAGGUCGAAGUUCAAAACAAUGGUCGAGCUAGACCAAAGGUGCGCAAGGAACGACGCGAUGAGCGUUGGACAGAGAUCACCAAGGACUUGGUGGUUCGUGAUGCUAUCGAGGAUAUGGGGUAUGAAUUCGAAGAGACGAAAGAAUAUUACUAUAUUUUCUCGUUUCUUGAACCGGCUGAUAUUGACGAACUGGUUGAAGCUUCUGACCACAUUCGCCAAACUCGACGACGACGGAUCAAGGAGAUGCACCGUGAGCGGGCAUCUAUUCCUGCCCGUUCUGCCUCUUUGGUAGGUAGAAUGCCACCUCGCAUUCGACUAGGGGGGAGACAUGUCAGGGAGCGGGAGUGGAUCAUUGACGGCCACCGUUGA